AUGACUUUUUUGGCUAGUCAUCAACGCGAAAGGGAUCAGAUUAAUCAGGAUUUCCAAAGCAUGAAUAUCAAGGCCAGUAUUAUCCUAUCUAAUGAAUCCAUUCUCAUUAGCGCCGUUGAUAAGGAAGAGUAUAUCACAGCUAUCAGAUAUUUAUCCACUGUCUUUAUUACCAAAUCGCUAACAGUACGAGAUCAAAACCUGUAUCUACCACGAGAUUUACAAGUCUUCGAGAAGGAAAUGACUAAUGGAAUAUCUGAAUGCAAAAAUGUUUAUUCAAAAAUGAAAGUAGACAAUAACUUUCAAUCAUGUAUGAUUACAGUUACUGGAAAAGACUAUGACGUAUAUCAGGUUCUAAUGAAGUUUACUGAGCGAAUAAAUAGAUAUCACAAUAUAAAAACGGUUAUCACGCUAGAAUUAACAGCGUUAAAGAUGAAUUAUGUGCAAUCAUAUAUAGAGAAAAGGUUCAAGAAAUUAUUAGAGCAAUAUCAUUGUGAUUCGGGUAUUGAAUUUAAUCCCCAAGCUGAAAAUCAACUGAUUGAUAGUGAAGCCUAUGGCAAAAUGCAAGUCACAAUUCAUUGCCCAAUAUGCCAUCAAGGAAUAGUCAAGGAGAAGAUUUCUAAACUUUUCAAUGAUAUUACUACCGAAGAACACUGGAAUAUUAGCAGAUUUUCAAGCUUGAGUAGAUAUCUCCAAAAUAGAGCUAGGAGAAAAAUAUUUAUCGAAUCACUUCAAAAAGAAUUCCAGUGUACAAUCCGAAUUAAAAGCGAUAUCCAAUCUCUACAUUCGAUAUCCAUAAAGCAUGAACUAUUCAAAAUCCAAAAUAGAUUAGAAAAGGCUGCUGAAUCGAAAUUGGGAAACACCCUUGAUGAAAUCAAAAUUAACGAAAUCACUAUUAAAAUCGUUCGCGGAGCCCUGGAAAAGAUUAAAGCAGAUGUCAUUAUAAACUCUAUAGAGCUCGGAUCUUACAGUGUAGGGAAACUUGCAAAAUUAUUAUAUCGCGCAGGUGGCCAAGCCUACCAAAAUGACUGCGAUACAAAUCUAGCAGAAUUAACACUAGACAAGAUUGGUAUAACGGAUGGUAGUUAUUUUCAAAGCAAGGCAGUUUAUCAUAUUCCAUUUCUAAGCUCAAACAGAAAAUUACCGUGGCUUAUUGACAAAAUUAAUCAGUGUAUCAAAAUAGCUCACGACAAUUUAAUGACAUCUAUUGCGAUACCUCCAAUUGGAGCUGGGAAUGUGGGCCUCCAUAUCCAGGAGGUUGCUCGAGGAAUGAUCGAUGCUGCUAAGGAAUUUGCCCUUCAAAAUUCGCUUAAAACUAGUUUAAAGACUAUUUAUGUUACUGUCUCAUUAAACGAUCAUCAUACUGCCUUUAGGCAAGCUUUACUUAAUGUAAAAUCAGAAAUAGAUCUUAUUAAUAACGCAAUAAAAUCAAAAGCUAUCCGGAACGAAGGAAAUGGUGGUAAAUUGACUCUACUUUAUUCCGCAAGAUGUUGUAUUAAAGAUCAGCAGAUAUUAAUUCUUGAUAUUUACAAGGGAUCAAUCCAACAUUCCCAUGCAAAAGCUUUAUUAUCUUUAAUAGAAAUUUGUGCAAGUCAUCUAGAUGGCUACGCAGUUAAUUUCCAAUUUCAUGGAUCUGAUUGCAAUAGUAAUCAGUCGUUGCCUCAAGGACUGCAUGGAGUUAGUAUUUGUUCUCAAGACCCAAUCGUAAUUAAGGCAUGCCCAUAUGGAAUGCUGGAAAACUUUGAUGCUUUGUUAAAUUACGUUAACAGAGCUAAAGUAAGCUCUUUAGCAAUCCCAUUUCUUGGAAAUGAAACAGAUGAGAAGAAUAUUGGCUUACUAAUAAGUAAAAUUGAAGAAUUUGUGCAACAACAGCAUUUAACGAAGAACCUGCAACGCCUUGAAUUUGUCAUGAUUAACUGGUAUCGAUGCCUGGAAAUGACAAGAUGGAUACGAAAUCGAAUGAUUAAUUGUAGCUCUACUUCAUAUUAUAAAUGGAUCAUUUUUCAAGAUUAUUGUUGUAAGCCAUUAGAUAUUGAUAUUGCAAUUGCAGCAAAAGAUCGUGAAACUAUCCGACGGAUAAAAUCGAAAAUGUAUAAACUGAUGCCAUCGUUGGCAUGCAAAACACUGACAGAUGUUGAACACCUUACAAAUUUAGAAGAUCACAGUUGGAUCAGCUUGAAAUUAAAUAUGUGGAAUAAAUAUGGCACCGUCUUAAUUAAAGAAUCUAGCCAAGAAUAUUCAUUUAUUACCAUAUAUGGCAUUAGUGAAGAUGUUUGUUGUACGAUAAUAGAUCUCUAUCAAAAAAUACAACGCAAUUUACAAGAGAAAGCUAGUCAUACAUUGCAACAAUUUACGUAUGAAAUAGCACCAUGGCAGAUGAAAAUAGGUCAUUCUUAUUAUCCAUUUGACGAAAAAUUAAAUUACGAAAUUGAAAAAUAUUACCAACUUUAUCAAAAAGACAAGAAGUUUUGUCAAACGGCUUGUAUAGGUGGUGAACUCAAGGUGGUUAAUUUUGAACAGAUGAAUCUGACAUUGCAAAAUAGCAAUCGUACAUAUGUAAUUAGAAAAAAUUAUCCAGACUGCAUAAGUGUACCUGGCGACUGGGAAUACGACAAUAUUAAUGAGAUCCAAGACGGAAGAAAGAAUCGAGUAGAAAUAACCACUGCAAUAGAAUUAGCAGAAAUUUAUAGUCUACUAGGAAAUAGUAAUAUCGAAGUAACACAAGUGGAACGAGUACAAAAUUGGAAUUUAUAUCAACGCUAUCAAUUAAUGAAGAUGGAUGUAGCUAAAAUAGUUGAUGAAUAUCAGCCAGGGACGAUUGUAGAAAGGCAAUUAUUUCAUGGUACCCAGCUUAAUUUUAUCGAUAGAAUUUGCCAAGCAGGAUUUAACAGAGAUUAUUCAGGAAAAUCUAAUGGUGCAGCACUGGGUAUUGGAACUUAUUUUACCCAAAGUGCUGAAGUAGCUAAAGUAUAUGGUCCAGUGAUUAUAAUAGCACGCGUUUUGACAGGUAUUUUCGGAGAACCAGCCGAAAGAAGUCAACCCAAUUUAGGUACCAUACAAGGCAGCCAGACUAUAAAUCUCCAUUCAGUUCGUAACGAAAAUAAUGACUCUGUUUUUGUGGUAUUUCACGAUAACGCUGCUUACCCAGAAUACAUAGUGUAUUCAAGUUGA